AUGCUGCCUGAGUUGAUCGUGAACUUUGCAGCCUCCGUAUCCAUCUCGCUGGCCUUUCUCGAGCCACCUCACUUCAAUUUACAAAUAGCGCAAACGAUGCAAGAGGAAAGACUGGCAUGCUUCGAUCGAAUUAUCGUCGCAUGCCGUCUGCUGCUGGAAACGUGCGGGCGCACGACUUAUUUGUCUUCCAUCUUCAAUCUCUGGUCACAGACCAGUCAGGCGCUCUACAUACUAGAGCGCCAACUUUGGCCGGAACAGCCUGCCGAAACCAGUUUGCAAUUGAAUUGUCCGAAUGAAGGUCGACCACUGACCGAAAUUUUGGUAUCCCCAUCUGACCAAUUUCCAGAUGGGAUCAUCAACGCCAUCCCCGCACUGGACGCGUUCACAACGUGGUUUACUGCAAACUACGACACCAAUUUGCACGCAGAGUACUAUGCAGUCUUGACCGACUCCAUGCUGCUGCUGAGGACCGCCGAGACCCUUCUCAGGAUGAAACGUCGGUUUGGUACGUUGGACGCACCAUUGACAGCUCCCGAUCCAGUCGUUGCCGACGUUCCAGCCACUUCACCGGCUCCUACAGCAGCUUCUGCAACACCUGCGCUUGAAGACUCAACCAACGAUGUGGCCGCGUCCAGUUCGUUCAAUGCGAACGAUGGCUUUGACUUUUUGUCUUUUGCGAUGUUUACUCAGUUGCUCCUACGCCAGGGGUAA